AUGUCUUCCCCAGAUUUAGAUGAUGAGUAUGAUGAAUUUUUUGAUGAACAUUUUGGCAAUCUAUUCCAAGAUUGCCUAGAUGAUUAUGGCAAUGAUCAACAACCAACUACUUCAAGGCGGCCAAGAGCUUAUAUUGAUAGACAACACGAAGAAGGGCAUAUUCAAUUAUGGAAUGAUUAUUUUAGCGAAAAUGCUACGUUCUCUACUAGUAGUUUCCGUCGUCGUUUUCGAAUGAACAAAUCAUUGUUCAUUCGUAUUGUUGAGGCACUAUCCAAUGAAGUACCAUAUUUCCAACAAAGAAGAGAUGCUACGGGAAGGUUGGCUUGGAAAGGACAGUAUUCUCGUGGAUCUGGAAAACCUACAAUCGUUUUAGAGGCUGUGGCAUCGCAAGAUCUCUGGAUUUGGCAUGCAUUUUUUGGUCCUCCAGGUACUUUAAAUGAUAUCAAUGUUCUUGACCGUUCACCAGUUUUUGAUGACAUCUUAGAAGGUCGAGCUCCGAGAGUAGAUUACUUUGUCAUCGGACGACAUUACAAUAUGGCUUACUACCUCACUGACGGUAUAUAUCCGAGAUGGGCAACAUUCAUCCAAUCAAUUUCACUUCCACAAGACUCGAAAGCAUCGUUAUUUGCAAGGUGUCAAGAAGCUGCCUGA